AUGAAGGUUGAAUUUGAAGGCAGCCAGAGUGAUUGUGGUGAAUCGCAGGGAGUGUCUGGGACAGAUGAAUCUGUGUCCACCCAGCAAGAAAGUAGAAGAUUGGAAUCCAAGAAGAAACUGAAGAAAGUGCGGUCAAUAAGGCUUGUAAGAUUGCCAAGCAAGAGAUCAUUCACUAGAGGCAGACCCCAAUAUGAUCAUCUCUCCUUUCUCUCAACAGUUAGCACAGAAAGUUCAGAGGGGCAAACACCACUUGACAUGGCAGAUGCUUCACCCAGAAAGGUUUCUGCAAGGACUGAACCAAAGAGAAAACUGAAGUCCUCUAGAUCAAUCAAGCUUGCAACUGUCAAGGGCCAAAAGUCAACAAGAAAGUCAUCUGAAUCUAGUUAUGGCAGUGGUGACCAGAAUUGGAGGAGUGCAAGUGAUUCUGGUAACAAAACCCAGAGAGUCAUUACCAGAAGAUUAAGCUUGAAGCCUGUGAGGAUCUUAGCAAAGAUUCCCACUUUCAAAUCAAAUAACUCUUCCAUGGAGAGGGGCCAUCAGAUAUCUCAAUCCCCAGACACAAGCUUGCUUAGAGCCACUUGUUCUUCAGCUCUGAAGGAUUCCCAUUUUCCUGAUAACAUUGACAUCCCUCAAGAGGAAAGUGACUCUCAAGGAGUAUCAGCUGUUGUGAAGGUUUGCCCAUAUUCUUACUGCUCACUUCAUGGUCACCGCCAUGGGAAUCUGCCUCCAUUGAAGCGCUUUGUGUCAAUGAGGAGGCGCACGUUGAAGAGCGAAAAGCCAACGAAAAUGGAUCAUCAACAUGUUACUAAAUCAAAUCAGAAUGGUAAUGCAAAGAAAGCCACUCGGAAAACUCAAACUGUCCACACUAAAGGUGCCAAAUCUCAUUCUCAGAACAAGAAAAAGCUGACAAGGGACUCAUCCAUUAGGCCUCAUGACAGUCCAGACUCCACAGUUACUGAUAGUGUGGAAUCAACAUCAACAGAUGUAGUUCAGCUUUCUGCUCCUGAUAUUGAGAUAUUGGAGGGAGAAGUGACCAAUACGGACAAAAGUAUGGAGCCAGAUUAUGAAGUACUGGAGGUGAGUUCUGUAAAGAAAGAGUCUACACAUGCUAGCACUACUGAUAUGGCAGGUGGGGAAAAAGAUAAAAAGUAUGGUAACAUGUGGAAGUUGGUUUACAAGCAUGCUGUAUUAAGUGACACAGGGAAAUGUGAAAAGAAGCAGUCCUUUGAUGAGAAGGACAAGGAAGGCAGAGAGCAAGAUUCCCUUGCAACUAAUGAAGUGAACAACUCUUAUUGUCGUGAUAAUUGCGACACAGAUCAGGAUAUCGAUGAUGAAAAUAAGAAUGUAGUAGAGCUGGUGCAGAAAGCAUUUGAUGAAAUUCUUCUCCCAGAGCCUGAAGACCUCUUUUCUGAUGAUAAUUUCAAAUCUGAAGGCGCUGAUUCAGAUGAGGUACUCUUAGCAAAGAGUGAAGGCAAGAGUGUAUCUCCAGUAGCACAGAGGAUAGGGACCAAAUCUGACCAAAGAGCACCAAAAAGCUGGAGCAAUCUGAAAAAGUUAAUCCUCUGGAAAAGGUUUGUAAAGGCAUUAGAGAAGGUGAGAAAUAUCCAGCCCCAAAGACCAAUACGUUUUCCUUCUAAUGCUAACUUCGAAAUAGAAAAAGUUUUUCUUAAGCACCAAACAGCCGAAGACAAAAAGAAUGAUGAGGAAUGGAUGCUUGACUAUGCACUUCAAAAGGUUAUUUCUAAGCUUGCACCUGCUCAAAGACGAAGAGUGACACUUCUAGUAGAAGCUUUCGAAACAAUUCAGCCAUUUCAAGAUGUUGAAAAUAGUCCACGAUUAUCUGCAACAUCGGAGCCUCGAGCAAAUUCAAUUCAAUCCCUUGACAAUUCCUCAAAUCAUAGCAAGGAAGAAGCAUCACUUUCUCAUAAUAAUACCAUGGAACUGGCAGAUAGUGGUGGUGAUGAUCCAAUGAUAGAACUGCACAACCCUACUAUGCUCAAAGAAAGAUGUCUCGACCAUCCUGAGACCGAGACAGUCAAUUUUAUGCCUGCAUUUGGAGAUAUUGCAGAAGACAUAAAUGGAAAGCAAUGUUUAACUAGCAGUUAUGAUAAUGAGAAUAAGUUAUCAAGUGACAAUGAUAAUACUUUUGUUGGAGAGAUCAAAGAUACCAGAUCAAAUUCCUUAAAUAUGCCAGCUGAUUUUAUAAGAAGCAGUCACGUGGAGGCUACACCCAAUGCAACAGUCAAUGAUGUUUCAGAAGACUUGCUGUUCAGUUUGAAUACAGAAAAUCAUCAUAUCAAAUAUGAGUCACCGGGAAGAGAUGUUGAAACCAAGAAUCUGAUUGCUGACAAUGGGGAAAAGCUUUCUAUUUCUAAAAGUUUAAUCCUAGAAGGUCUAGUUAGAUCACUCAGAUCUAAUUUGAUUGGUUCAGGAGCACCUGCAAACCUAUCAGAUGAAUCAACAGCUGACGAAAACAAAGGAAAUGAAAAAGUUAAGUUUGGAACCGAGACUAUUGAAGAGUUCCCUACAAAGGAACAAUCGAAAGCUCCUACGAGUGCUGUUGUAGAACCUGAGACCCCAGUGGAGAAACAGAACAACACAGGAUUGUGGUACUUGGUAUAUAAACACAUGGUAUCAAAUAUGGCUGAAAACAAUUCUAAGUCACUAAUUGGUGAGGGAGAUGAGAAAGAGUCAGCAUUUGAUGGAAGCAGAACACAAGAAUCUUCUAUCUCCAGUGAAAGUACACCUUUUACUGAUCAAGACAUGCAAUUCAAGGACCAUGCUGUAGCUGAUCCAGAAGUUGCACUCCAACAGAUUGAAGCCAUCAAGAUGGUAGAAGAAGCAAUUGAUUCAAUUCUUCCAGAUGAUCAGGAUGACUUAGCAGACAAGGAGUCACUCACUGGCAACACAAUAUCAGACAACUCCAAACAAUCUGACAGAACUGAAAGAGUGUACAGAGAAGGCCUGAACCAAAAAGAAGAAAAGAUGGAAUCUGACAAUGGAACAAUCCAAGAACAAAAAGAAGAAUCAGCACCAAAGGAACAAGACAGAACAAGCCAGCCAUUGUCGAGAAGCUGGAGCAAUCUUAAAAAAGUGAUCCUGCUUAGAAGAUUCAUCAAGUCAUUGGAAAAAGUUAGGAAAUUCAACCCAAGAGGGCCCAGAUAUCUACCUCUAGAGCCUGAUUCAGAAAAUGAAAAAGUUAAUUUAAGGCAUCAAGACAUGGAAGAAAGAAAAGGCACUGAAGAAUGGAUGCUUGAUUAUGCACUUCGACAGGUUGUUUCCAAAUUAACCCCGGCUAGGAAAAGAAAAGUGGAGCUGCUAGUGGAAGCUUUUGAAACAGUCAUUCCAACCAUUAAAAAUUGA